AGCGUUUCCUUCUUGUCUUGGAGAAUGUUUGUUUGGUUAUCCCGGGCAUAACACCGCGGUCAAUGACGAACUACUUCGUCUUUCAUCGACGAACAGAUUAUUGAACAUCAUAUACGUGAAGAGAGCAUGGAAGAUACAGAACCUAGCGUUGCUCCAUUGAAUAUUGCGAAAAAGGGCAAAGCUGGCCCUAGGGUUCCAUAUCUCUCCUUCUCGACAUCCACAUAUCACAACAACUACGGCACCCGCCAACAACAACAUUUGCAGAUGACUCCGCCCUUAACUCCCCACGACUCCAUGGAGGAGUCGAGGGAGCCUGCAGGAACGGACAGAGUCGUCUUUCAUAACUACUUGCGCGCGUUUUAUCCAUUCCACCCUUCUGGUUCCGUUUCGCCUUCGACAGUAACCCUCCCUCUGGACCAAGGCGAUAUUAUUUUAGUUCACUCAGUCCAUGUAAACGGCUGGGCCGACGGGACAUUACUCGAAAAUGGAGCACGGGGAUGGUUGCCAACAAAUUACUGUGAAGCCUAUGAUCAGCUACCCAUGCGACCGCUCUUGAAAGCACUGACAGAUUUCUGGGAUAUCAUACGAGGCGGGUGCGGAUCAGACUUGAAGGAUUUUGGCAAUCAGGACUUAAUGAGAGGUCUGGUGGCUGGCGUUAGGUUCUUGCUGGAAAAAUCCGAAUGCCUUACAAGGGAAUCUACCUUGGUGCAGAACCACGACAGACUGCGCAGGAAUCGCAAAAUAUUACUUUCUGACUUAUCAUCCUUGGUCAAGAUCGCCAAGAAACUCCAAGAUGUCGCUAAUGGCGCACCUCUGAAUGAUGCCGUCGAGAAUAUCCUGGAUGAAAUGCUCCUCAAAGCGUUCAAAAUAGUAACAAGGGGAGUUAGAUUUCUAGACGUUUGGAACGAGGAAGUCGGCCUUAGCAGAGCUAUGGAAGAUCUAGAACAGCCUGGCGACUCGCUGUACGACUCCCCGUUGACGCCGCCGUCGGACACCUUCCCGCUAGCAGUCAAAGGCAGUUCAGUCAUGGCAUCUAUCGCCGACAGACGAGAGUCGAGAGAGUUCAACAGGAGUCGUUUGAAUGCCAGCCGGGCCUCUUCAGCGCGUACCGACAUGUACGAUUUCCAACCCCGGUCGGCUUCGGUCCAGACGAAGAGAGUCUCAGUUUCCCAUCGCGUCUCGUACUCUGCGCCAUCAGCAGGUGCACGGAAUGGGAAUCUCGCAUCGGAGCGGCUUGGAGUGGCAUACGAUGGAUUUUUGGGCGUGCUCGGAUCUUUUAUUGGAUUGCAUCUACAGUCACGUUCCUCUACAGAACUGAUUCUGACCACUCAACAGUCUGUACAGUCUUGCAGGGCCCUGCUUUCCGUCGUGGAGGCUGUUUGCGAGCACGAUCUUCAUCGCUCAGAAUUGUUAGAGGAGGCAAAGGAUGCGAUGUAUGAGAGGAUAACGGAGCUGGUACACGCAGCUCGGGAUGCUUUCCGCCCAGCCAACGCUGCUGACGAUGAGCUAAUAUUCAUGCCGGAUGAAGGAAAGAGGCUUGUAGAUGCUGCUACAGACUGUGUCCGGGGUGCUGGAAACUGCGUGGCAAAGGCUCGCCUUGUCCUCGAACAGAUUGGCGAUUUCGAACUUGAGCCUGUUGGACAAGGGUUUGAAGUCCCUGAUAUGAGCACUCCACAGCCGCAACACCCCGACGAGAUGGAAGUGAAUACAGACAAGCCGCAUGAGCCGUCUAUGCGCCUACCACCGCCGCCGCUGCAGAUCCCAAGUGGAGAGCUUACUCCUACCCUCACUGAUGGAACUACGCCCUCGUCAUUUUACUCGAGGUUGACAGCUACCAGUCCAGCUAAUACCGAUCAACGCUCUUCAGUCUACUCGACUGCAUCUCCGUACCCUGGAUUGGAACCCCAUAUUAUCUCCAGCGAGACCAGCCCUACUGAUGCGCAACAAGACUACAGCUUUGAAAGCAGGGGUGUCACAAGUACUGGGAGCAACCUCACGUACAAAAGCAAUGUCCGUGACUCAGAAAUGAGUGGCAUGUCCCAGACAUCGACACGAGCAACGUCUCCCGAUAUCCAUAGCCAGCAUCGAGAACCAUCGUUGAAAGGCAGCGUUAGCCAUUCGACGUUGGCUGAGGAGAGUGAGGAAACAGAAGCGAACAUUUUGGAGAAGACUUAUGCUCAUGAACUGAUGUUCAAGGACGGCCAGGUCGUCGGCGGUAGUCUGCGUGCUCUGAUAGAAAAGCUUACCGCUCAUCAGUCAACACCUGAUGCUAUGUUUGUUGCGACAUUCUAUUUGACCUUUCGACUGUUCGCGUCUCCUCUGGAAUUUGCGCAGGGACUUGCUGAACGCUAUGACUACAUUGGCGAUACGCCACAUGCAGCCGGCCCUGUCCGACUCCGAGUGUAUAACGUAUUUAAAGGCUGGCUGGAGUCUCACUGGCGCCAUGAUUGUGACAAUGUUGCCCUGGACUUCAUCGUCAACUUUGCUAAGACAAAAUUGAUGGCCACCAUUCCAACUGCAGGCAAACGACUUCUUGAACUAGCAGACAAGGUCUCUGCUGUGCACGGACCCGUCGUACCACGGCUUGUUUCUUCCAUCGGAAAGACGAAUACCUCCAUUGCGCAAUAUGUGCACCCAGACACUCCUCUUCCACCGCCGAUCAUCACAAAGAGUCAACUUAAUAUGUUACGGCAGUGGCAAAAAGGUGGUCCAAAUGUCAGCAUACUGGAUUUCGAUCCUCUGGAAUUAGCCAGGCAGUUCACGAUCAAGGAGUCGAGGAUCUUCUGCUCUAUUCUUCCUGAAGAGCUUUUGGCUACUGAAUGGAUGAAGAAGAGUGGCUCAUUAGCGGUCAACGUACGCGCCAUGUCGACUUUGUCUACCGAUCUCGCCAACCUGGUGGCGGAUUCGAUCCUUCAGCUCGAAGAGCCCAAGAAGAGAGCCGUCAUCAUCAAACAGUGGGUGAAGAUCGCCAGCAGAUGUCUGGACCUCAAUAACUACGAUUCCCUUAUGGCGAUCAUAUGCUCGCUUAACUCAUCUACCAUUUCGCGCCUGAAGCGUACGUGGGAGCUAGUCUCCCAAAAGACAAAGGCCAGCCUGGAGCAUCUGCGGGGCGUUGUUGAUGUCUCCCGGAAUUAUGCAGUUCUUCGACAGCGUUUACAGAACCACGUCCCACCAUGUCUCCCAUUUGUUGGGACGUAUCUGACUGACUUGACCUUUGUUGAUCACGGGAACCAGCCAGUGAGAAAUCUCCCAACAGAAGAUGGAGCCAUGGCAGUGAUAAACUUCGACAAGCACAUGAAGACGGCGAAGAUAAUUAGUGAGCUUCAGCGGUUUCAGAUCCCUUACCGCCUGACUGAAGUGCCAGAGCUUCAAACCUGGAUGCAGGAUCAACUCAUCCGUGUCCGCUCUAACGGAGAGAAAAGCUUCCAGAGUUAUUAUCGCCGCUCGCUCGUUCUCGAACCAAGAGAGAUGCAACGCGCUACAACGGAAUCGAGCCAAUCUAUCCAGUUCAAGGAGAACGGGAAAGAUAAAUUCGACUUCCUCGCUUGGACGCAUAGUUCCAAAGCAAAGGGGGUCACGACUACAAGUUAAUCUUGUACACACUCUCUAUACUUUCUCGGCUUAUUCUAUUGUCUACUGUGAAUCAAUCUUGACCACAAAAUGUGCUGAGAGCUGUUGGUGAUCUCUCUGGACAUUUACUUUUAUGACUUAC